AUGGUGAUGCUUGGAUGGAGGACGGGCGUUCCGGACAUGAUCCGCGAGUUUGACGACUAUGUGGGGCCGGGCAGCGAGCUGGUCAUUCUGGCGGAGGAGAGCCUGGAGGAGAGGGAGCAGCAGCUGGCGAGGAUGCUCAGGACGCCUUUGAGGAAUCUCACGGUGGUGCACAAGGUGGGCAACCCAAUGAGUCGCACGGACCUCACAGACGCCAUUCUGGACCCGGGCAGUGUAUUCCACCCCUUUGUGUCUGCUGGCGGAGACAUGUUCUUUGACAACGUGCCCUUCUCCAUCAUUGUCGUCUCCGACCGCUCUUGGCACCACGGAGACAUGUUCUUUGACAACGUGCCCUUCUCCAUCAUUGUCGUCUCCGACCGCUCCUGGCACCACGGAGACAUGUUCUUUGACAACGUGCCCUUCUCCAUCAUUGUCGUCUCCGACCGCUCCUGGCACCACGGAGACAUGUUCUUUGACAACGUGCCCUUCUCCAUCAUUGUCGUCUCCGACCGCUCCUGGCACCACGGAGUUAGUCGUUCUGGGCUUGGAGCUCUAGGCGCCAUGCAUGGGUAUGUCGGGCUUGGAGCUCUAGGCGCCAUGCAUGGGUAUGUCCGGCUUGGAGCUCUAGGCGCCAUGCAUGGGUAUGUCCGGCUUGGAGCUCUAGGCGCCAUGCAUGGGUAUGUCCGGCUUGGAGCUUUAGGCGCCAUGCAUGGGUAUGUCCGGCUUGGAGCUCUAGGCGCCAUGCAUGGGUAUGUCCGGCUUGGAGCUCUAGGCGCCAUGCAUGGGUAUGUGCACCCCUAG